AUGAAAAUUAAUAAAUUCAUUAAAAAAGCGUUCUCUACUAUUUAGGAAAGCGAAUAUAGCAAAUACUUUUCUAAAAACUCUGUAUACCAUUAGAAAGAUAAGUUCUUGUUUAAUCCUAGACUUAAAGAUACUUAAGAGCAUUAAGAUUCACCAGAAUAAAUAGAUACCAAAGUAAAUCAGCUUAUAGAAUUACUUUAAAAAAGUAAGAAUGCUGUGAUAUUAACUGGAGCUGGAGUUAGUACAGCUUCAGGUAUACCUGAUUAUAGAAGUGGUGCAAAUACUAUUUUAAAAACAGGACCUGGUAAGUGGGAAUUAGAGGAAAACAAAAAAAAAUUUUUGGAAGAAAAAGGUAAGCCAUAAAUAAUAUUAGCAAUAAAUGCAUUCCCUUCUCCAACUCAUAUGGCAAUUUCAAAACUAUAUAAAGAGAAUUUGAUAAAAUCAGUAAUUACUUAAAAUGUUGAUAACUUGCAUCAUUAAAGUGGUAUUCCAAGGAAAGAUAUUCAUGAGCUGCAUGGGAAUAUUAUUUCAGAGAGAUGUGAAAAGUGUAAUUAUGUCCAUUAUAGAGAUUUUUAUACUCGUUUAAAACAUUUGAAAUGGGGAGAUCCACAUAACACUGGAAGAAUUUGCUAAAAAAAUGGAUGUGAUGGAUAAUUGCACGACACUUUGGUAUUUUUUGGAGAAUCAGUAUUACAAAAUAUAAAAUAAUCAGCAUAAGAAUAAAUUGAAAGUGCAGAUUUGUGCAUAGUGGUAGGAACGAGCUUGACAGUUUAAUCUGCAGCUAGGUUAGUUUGGAUUUCUUAGUAAAGAGGAAUUCCUAUAGUAAUAAUAAAUCUACAAAAAACAAGCUAUGAUUCGAAGGCACUUAAAAUUAAUGGUUUAUGUGAACCUAUCUUUGAUUUGAUUCUUAAAAAACUUAAUUUCUAGCCCGAUAAAUUUACAGUUUAAAGGGAUAUUAUAUUGAGAUUUUAGAAAACUGGGUUUUGCAGCUUUGAUUUGUUUGCUGACUGUGAAAGUUUUGAUGGAAGCCAUUUGAGUGCUAUUAAAUAAUUAGAAAUUUGGUAUAGAAAAGAAAAUGGAAAUUAAUUAUAUAAAAGCUUUGAAGGUCAUCCAUACUAUUUUUAAGCUGAAGAUUCAUUUAACAUAGAUCAAAUUAAAUUAAAUUUUUUUUCUCACCAUAAAGAAAAGAGUCACUUUAUUUAUGACUAGGAGGUAUUAUAAAAUGGAUAGCUAUUUAGUAUGAGCUCUCCAGGGUCAUUAAUUUUCCUUACAUCUAAAUUAACAUAUGAAUUUUAAGAUUAAAAAGAUGAAUGGAUUGCUUAACAUAAAAUUGAAAGCUACAAAUGA